AUGCAUAAACUAGGUAUGCCAGCAAAUAUUAACAUUCAAGUUCGACCUGCACGAGAUUAUCCAGUCGAUCUGUAUAUAUUGAUGGACAUGUCUAGAUCGAUGUUGCCUCAUUUAGAGAGAUUGAAAACAAUUGCCACACAAUUGGGUAUUACAAUUCGAAAUUUGUCUUCCCAAAGUUCUUUUGGGUUUGGCACCUUUGUUGAUAAACCAGUUACACCCUUUGGUUUUGGCGCAAAACGAAGACAGUCAUAUCCCUGCUCAUUUAGUGAUUCUGCUAAUAACAUUCCUUGCGAUCCAACUUAUCUUUUUCGUAAUGGACGUCCAUUAACCACUGAUAUCAAGGAAUUCCAGCAAGGUAUCGAUCAACAAAACAUUUCUUCAAAUAGCGAUGCGCCAGAAGGUGGAUUAGAAGCUUUACUGCAAGUAUCUGUUUGUCCCCAGCACAUUGGAUGGAGACGGGGGGCUCGCCAUAUCGUCGUUUAUUGUACAGAUGGUUUCUUCCAUUAUGCCGGCGAUAGUAAGCUGGCAGGAAUCUUUCUUCCAAAUGACGGUGCGUGCCACAUAAAUUCCGAAAAUAAGUAUCAAGCUGCACUGGAUAUGGUAAUGAGAAGACAUAACUACUAA